AUGACGAGGCUCAUGGACGCCAAAAAACACGUACUGGUUCUUCCUGAAGGUAUAUGGUCUCUCGUGCCGAUUUGCUAUCAUCGACUGCAACUGACGCUUUUCAUCUCCGGCCGAUUCGUGCUUGGGGCAGGUGUAGCCUCGGGGGAGGAAGGCGUGCGCCAUCAUCGGUUUCUGAGCUUACCGCAUCCUCGAACGGGUACGUGCAAGCUCGAGGAUACGGAGCACGAGAGCUACCUAGCUCAACCACUCGUUUCAUCGCCCGCGCAGGUCGUUCUUCGCUCUUCCUCGUGGACCCGUCCGGCCGAGGCGCCCUGUUCGAAGUCCAACGAGUCGACCAGGCAGGCACGCCGAGGACGUGGUUCGUAGAUCAGGAAGUUGUGAAUGGUACGUGCCUACGCCAUAUUCCCUCGUCCGUUAGUUCGCUACCUGAAACUUGUUCGCAUCCCCACAGACGGCUCCCUCCUCCUCCUCACCCCCUUCGACCCCCUAUUCCUCCUCAUCUCCUACCUUUCCCUCCUCUCUCCCAAAUUCCUGCCCUACCAAGACCUCUGGGAAACCGUCCUUCUCCAACUCUCAAUUCUCGAUCCUUCGCAACGAACGCCCACGGACGAUGAAAAACUUGCUUCGACCCUGACGGAGGAUGUCGGCGUUCUAAGUCGACUGGGGUGUGUAGAGGCGAGGUUGAAGGCGGUAUGUGAGAAGCGAGGUACGUUUUAUUGAAGGGCAUUUUCCCCGAACGAGGGCGGGUUCGCCGCAAGGAGAAACUGAAGAAGGGUCGGUGGCAACUUUUGCUCAGAACACGCCGAGCUUCAACUCUUUCGCCUGUCUCCCGAUCUGGUCCUUCAAGAACUGAAACGCAAAAUCGAUGGACUCGUCGAUCCAGAGGGAGGGAUCUUCGAACAAACCACCACCAAAGACGCAGUUCCUAAACCGGAGGAAGAAGCAGCAGCGAACGAGAAUGAACAGCCCAAGGCCGGGAAGGAAAGCAGCGAGACCCAAGUGGCGCCUCAGCAGUUCCCUACUUUGCUUCAUUCGCUCGUUAGGGAAGGUUGCGGUUCGGACCCGGGGUUCAGUAAGGAGAUUCAAAGAGGUCAGUAGGGAUCGCAACUUUUCCUCCGUUUCGAGGGUUUCAAGUUUGGAGCUGAUCGUACCCCGUCUAUUGUGCCCUUCAGAGGCCCGCCAACGCGUCGCCUGCAGCUUGGUCGGUAAUUACUUACCCCUGGCCACGUCGACGUUAUUAAGCAAAGCAUAUCCGUAUGUUGCUCCCACUCGUCCCACACCCUAAACACUGAUAUUAACCCUCCCCACCUCCCAAACGCAGUUGUCCCAACCUCGACACCCACCUCACCUCCCUACAAUCGUCCUCCGUUCUCUCCGCGACCUAUCAUCCCGGUCGAGCGUCCACCUCCGGCGGUGGAAUCGGUAGCGGCGCAGGCACGGCCGGGGCGGUCGCAAAGGCCAAGAAAUUGGCCAGUAAAGGUUCGAUGGGCGUGGAACAGUUGAAAAAGGUCUCUACGAAGGGGAUGAAAAAGUUGGAUAGCUUCUUCUUCAAGCAACCUGCGCCGACGGGGGCGAAGGGGGUGAAGAGGAAGGUGGAGGAGUAG